AUGAAAGGGAAAGGCAAGAGUUUGUCGGCGGGACUCAACAAUUUGUUUAAAGCUGCAGCAGUCCUAUUAAAUCCCAACAAAAAUAAUAGAAGUUUGAGACUUAUAUUAGGAUUGUCGAUUGGAUUACCUAUUGGAGUCGGUGUGCUAUUUGCAAUAAUGCUCUAUUUUUUUGUUAGAAAUAAGUUAUCUCGGACAAAUUUUAGUAAAGCUAUAGGGCGUUCUGAAACGCAUACUGAUAAUUUUUCAAGUUUGGACCAAGCAUGGAUUGAUUUAGAAGGUAUUACUAAGCAUACUGAUCAUAACUUCAGUGCUACUAAAUCUAGUUCUGGUACAGUAUCUAAUGCAAUAACUCAAGACUCUCACAUUAGGACGCCGCAAAUGGCACAUUGUCCGCUCGCUACCGCUGAUAAUAACUUACCACGUAACGGCUCUAAUCUAUUUGCCGAUGCUGAUAAUUAUUUGUACUCUCAUCCACCCAAUAUUUAUAGUAUUGAUUCUAGUAUCUCGAUGUUAAAUGCCGAACCUGAAAUAAGACCAAAUUAUUUUAAAGAUCAGAAGAAGAAAAAUAGCUGGAAGUACAACUCACCAUUAUCAAAAUGGUUCUUGAGAAGUUCUUUAUAUUUACAGUGUUCAAGUGAAAAUCUGACAAAUAUAUCAAGUUUACCCAAUGUUAAAUGCUCUAAUAUCUUGACUUCAGUAGUUGAAAGUUGUGUUGAUAAGCCAGAAAUAACUGAGCAGUAUGUUGAAGAAACGUACCUGGGGUCACUAACAGAGAGUUCAAUCAAUACACUGUCUGUUAAUGAUGUUAAAAGCAAGGAAGCUAACAAAUUGAAUGAAAUUACUGGCACCUGCCUCAAAAAACCGGCUAUUACCUUAUCCGGCUUAGAGUUACCAAUAAAUCCGAACUAUAAAAAGAAUAGAAAAAAAGCCCAAAUGAGACUUCGAACCCACCUGGACUACCUCGCCAAGACAAAACCAUUGCCCUUAACACCAACUUCGUCUGCGAUAGUUAAAUUGAAAGCUGGAAUACAAUAUAGAGUACGAGAAGAAUAUGUACCUAGUCUUAGUGAUGAGAUACAUGUGACUGUAGGUGAAACAGUUAGAGUAUUAGCGUCACAUAAUGAUGGGUGGGCAUUAGUAGAGCGGAUCGAAGCUAGUGAUGGCAAAAGGCUUGUAUCAUCUGGAUCUUAUAUUAAUGAAAAUAGAGGUAUAAUACCUAAUAAAUGUCUUUUAUCAUAA